CUAGUAACUUGUAUAAAAGCUUUAGACCCGUACAGAACAUUACUAUAGUUUGACUAAUACAACGAUAGGAUAACACAUUAAAACAUAAUCAAAAAUGUUAAUUCAAUUAAUGUUUCUCUGUUUAAUUAGUUUGUGUAAACCAAGUACAGACGCUUCAGAAGGUCGGAAUGGUCGGAAAACAUUUUACACCCUUCUUGAUCGCAAAUUUGAACCGAACGUUACUGUUGGGGUGCCCCGCCGAGGUCCAAGCGGAGGCUUAGUUAUAUACGACGAAAUUUGGAAAGGUACAGUGGACAUAAUUGAAAAUACCUUGAUAUUGCAGAAUGGAAGACUCCUCGAUUACGAUGAUCUUGAUAACAAAUGUAGUUAUGCAGGGAAGCCCAAAGUUAAAUUCGAUUGCAGACAACAAAGUGUGUUCGAGGUAACGUACUACUCGGGACCUGUUGAAGAGGUGACUGUAAAUCGAACAAAAAUAUUAAGAUUUUCUAAAAGAAAUAAGUCCUACUCGUUUAUGCUGGUUAAAGACUAUCAAAGAUGCAAUCGUGUAAUCUGGGCCACAAAUGUCUCGAGCGUUCUAGCUUUUGAGAAUGAUAAUUCAGAUGAUUGCUAUGAGGACGUUCGCCUAUCCAAAUUUGCAGUCAACGAGAAAAUUAAUUUCGAAUUUUUGACAUAACCAAAGAGUGUUAAAUAAUAGUAUAAAUUGUUAUAAUUUUAUGUAAUAUAUUGUUUAUAGUACAUACAUAUUUGUUAAGCAAUAUCA